AUGCCGCUCAUCAUCGUGUCGGGCCUCCCGACGUCGGGCAAGACGCACCGGGCGAGACAGCUGCAGGCCCACCUCGCCGCCCGCAUCGCCGCCGCCGCCUCCGCCUCGUCCUCUUCGACGCCCGCCGAAGGCGCCGCGAGCAACAACGAUGCCGCCGCCGCCGCCGGCGGCAAGCAGACGUACAGGCUUCACUACAUCUCGGACUCGACCCUCUCCAUCCCGCGCGACGUCUACGACCUCGACCCGGAAAAGGUGCGCGCGCACACGCGGUCGGCCAACGCCUCGGAGAAGGACGCCCGCGCCGCCGUCUACGGCGCCGUGAAGCGCGUGCUCACGGACCGGGACAUUGUUAUCCUGGACGGGAUGAACUACAUCAAGGGAUGGCGGUAUCAACUGCAUUGCGAGGCCAAGGCCGUGAGGACGCCGAGCGUGGUGUUGCAGAUUGGAUGCGGGGUGGAAAGGGCGAGGGGCAUCAACAAGGAGAGGUUGAAGAGGAGGGAGGAGGGAGCAUCCACGGCGACGAAGACGUCGACGCCGGCACCGGCUACGACUACCGAGGCGGCGGAGACCACCGCGAGCGACAACACAAAGACGGGCGCCAGCGAAGAAGAACAGCCCUACGAGCCGGACAACUGGGAAAACCUCGUCUUCCGGUACGAGGAGCCGAACCCGAUGACGCGGUGGGACAGCCCGCUCUUCACGCUCAUCUGGGACGACGACGCCGCACAGGCCGCAAAGGUCUUUGACGACAUCUGGGACGCCGUCGCGGGGACGGGGCGCAAGGCCGUGAAGCCCAACCAGGCCACCGUCCAGCGCAGCCGCGACGCCGGCGGGGACUACCUGUACGUGCUCGACCGCGAGACGCAGGACGUCGUGAAGCGCGUCCUCGAGGCGCAGGGCGACGGGGACGAGGGCGGCGAGGUCCAGGUGUCCCGCGGGGCCGCGGAGACGCAGGGCAAGGAGCUGGUCGUGCGGCUUCCCGGGCGCAAGGUCGGGCUGCCGCAGCUGCAGAGGCUGAGGAGGGCCUUUGUCGGGCUGAACCGCGGGGGCAUCGGGCUCGAGGGGGUGGGGAGCUUCAGCGUGGAGAGGAUGAGGGAGAGCUUCGUCGGGUAUCUGAAUGAUACGUUUGACCAGGAGGGUUGA